UACAGGUGGGACCUCAGUGUGUAUGUGGAUGUGACGGUUCUGGACUGUGGUGUUUGCAGCCAGGACGCUGAGUGUUUCGCCGCGAAGACGAGCAGCAUGAGUGGCUGCGGCUGUGUGUGUGCGAGUGGGGGCUACGGAGGUGCGUGUCUGCCGGCGGAGGUGCCGGAGGGUCUUGGGCCAAUGCCGGUGCCUGAAACAAAUGGCACAGAUAUCACGUGUGUGUACGGUGGCAACAUGGCCUCUCUUGGCGAUCCCGAUCCCGGUGUUCCUGGACUGUGCUUCGUCGACGUGACAUUCACCGCCCCAAUUUUAGUGGACAUGAGCACCUUUGAUGCUCCGGGGAAGACACUCAACAUCACAUUGCUGCGCUGCUUUUUCACGGAGCUGACGAUCAGUGCAGGAGGUGAAAAAGUUUACGUGAAUAUUACCUCAUCUGUGCUGGAGAGUGGUUCCGUGAAGGUGAGUGGUGAUUACGCUGCGAACUCUCAGCUCCUGUUUGUGGACAAUACCAUCGCAUCAGUAGGUGACUAUGGGCUCUACUUCACUUCCUUUACCAUUGGUGUGAACUCCACAGUGCUGCUUCUGCGCAACCGAAUUGAGGCGAGUGUGUGCGCCGUGUAUUUCAUGAGCGAACUCACACUGGACGGAACCGGUAUCAUGGUGCAGGGUGGAACGCUUAAGGUGAGUUCGCAGUCUUCGUAUACGUACUCUGCGUUGCGGAUUUACAGUCUUGACGUUAUGAAUGGUGGCUACCUAAGCAUGGAGAACACCACGAUGGCUGCCGGUAGCGGUCUUCUGCUUUAUUGGGGAAGCAGUGUAGCUUCUAUGGGACUGGUGUCUGUGGUGGGGUGCAGUUUCCUUGGCGGGGCACAAGCUUGGGCUACCGCCUUGUUUUUUAUGGCUGACUCGCUUGACCUCAGCAGCGGUGCGCAGGUACGCGUGGUGGGGAACAAUGUGAGUUCAGCGUCACUUUUUGGCCUUCUCUCUUCUUCAUACGAAAUUACUUUGGCAGACAACAGUACUGUCAUGGUUUUUUCCAACAACACUCAGGAGGGAGGGAGAUCGUUUUUUUAUGGGUUGUCACCACAGUCAACAAUUCUGGAUUCGUUCNUCUGUGUUGCGCCUUGUGAGCAUCAAAGGGAACGCCGGAUCCGCGCUGUUGAGCAGUGGGGGUGGGACUGUUGCUGCUGA